AUGGACGCCCUGACGAAGAUGUUCUCCCUGGCUGGCAAGACGGCCGUGGUCACCGGCGGCACGCGCGGCAUUGGUGCUGCCAUGGCGCUGGCGCUCGCUGAAGCUGGAGCCGACAUUAUCCUCGUCCAGAGAGACGAGAGCAACAAGAAAACCUACUCGCAAAUCCAGGCGCUGGGCAGGAAAGCAACCAUUGUCACGGCUGAUCUGUCCGACCAGUCGUCGGUAGAGAAGCUGAUUCCGGACCUCGCUAAGGCCGGCCACGACAUGCACAUCCUGUUGACAUGCGCGGGGAUCCAGAAACGACAUCCGGCGCACCAGUUUCCCCUCGAGGACUGGAACUCGGUCCUACAGGUCAAUUUGACGACCGUGUUUACGCUAUGUCGAGACUUUGGAGCCUAUCUUUUGUCGAAACCAGACCCAGCCCCGGGAUCCUCAAGGGGCAGUAUUAUCAAUGUGGCUUCUCUUCUCACGUUCCAAGGUGGAAUCACCGUGCCUGCCUACGCGGCUUCCAAGGGCGGAGUGGGCCAGUUGACCAAGGCCCUGAGUAACGAGUGGGCUAGCAAGGGCAUCACUGUCAAUGCCAUCGCACCGGGAUACAUCGACACCGAUAUGAAUGAGGCGCUUAUUGCCAACGAGACGAGGGCGAGACAGAUUUUGGAGAGAAUCCCCGCUGGGCGAUGGGGCAAGCCCGAGGACUUCAAGGGUCCAGUCGUAUUUCUGGCCAGCGAUGCAUCGCGCUAUGUUACGGGCGAGGUGUUGACUGUGGAUGGUGGCUGGAUGGGACGGUAG